AUGGUCCAAAAUCGAGCAGGGUGGCUGGCGGUUAUCAACAUCGCUCCGCUUUGUACAGGACUCAACUUCGGACUUCCGUCUGAUCUGUUCUACGUCGACCGGCAUUCUUUCGCCUGGUUUCAUCGAUGGACGGGACGUAUCUUCGUCUUUCAUUCCCUCCUCCACGGUAUCUCGGCCGCCUCGAGGGUUCAUCUCUCUGUCGUUACAUCUCCCCGAUAUCUCCUCCCAAUUCUGGCAGGGGUUUGUUUCAUUCUGAUCAUUCCCGCCAGCUGGCCAGCUCUUCAAAGACGCCAUACCCAGGUUGCUUUAAAGAUUCACUACAUUCUGGGGAUUUGGGGCGUCAGUGCCUUAGGAUACCACCUCAUCGAGCGAAAGUCUCAGGGACGUUGGUAUUUGCUGGGAGCAAUCUGCCUUUGGGUGAUCGUCAGCGGUGUCACGGGUGGAUUUAGCCUAAUUUCGAACAGGCCGUGGACUCAUGAUCGACCGGAUAUCCGUAUGAGUGCGUCCAGUGGGCUGUUGUGGCUAGAACUCAAGCUGUUGCCACGCUGGAAAAUCCGCCCAGGGCAAUAUCUGCAGCUAUGGAUGCCACGAGCUGGGCCGAGAGCCUGGAUCCACCUCCCUCUCCUUUACGUGGUCAUAUGCCACAAUGACGAUACGCACAAUAUUGUCCGCAUGGUUACUCGGCCUCACACGGGUCUCAUGCAAUCCCUGUACGAAAGAAGCCGGGUGUCCUCGAGCAGCUUCCACCUUCCCACCACCGUGCUUGGUCCGUACGGGCGUCCCGUAGAUCUGUUGGAAUAUGGUACCGUCGUGAUGGUGGUCGAAGAUAUCGGGUUUUUCCGAGUACUUUCAUAUAUCGAGAUGUUGGUGGAGGCCAGUCGUCAGCGGAAAGCGUUAGUCCGAAAACUAGAGAUUCUCUGGCAGGAUGAUGCGGUUGCAGCUUAUCCUCCCUGGGUCAAGAAGUGGAGACAAGAGAUUCUGAAAGCAGAUUUCCGUGGCUUCAAGAUUUUACAGUUCAAAAUCUUUUGCGGCGAGACCACAUCUAACGAUGAUCUGCCGACCUCGUACCGAGAAGAAGAUCGGCUUUGCUUUUAUCGUCAUUCAGUGGACAUAGGGAAAGAGAUGAAGUGCUACAUAAGAGAACGACGGGGGGAUAUGGUCGUGGCCGGUGAGUGA